AUGGCCAUGCGUUGCGUACUCGCAAGCGCAGCUGGUCUUUUCGCGAUCGCGGCGGCGGCGUCGACACCCAAGCCACCCAAGACAACGACACCGCCCCCCGAGACGCCGGCACCGACCCACGACAAAUUCUGGGGCUCACAAGACCUGUGGAUCUACACCAGUGCGUGGUACCCGGAGCAGUGUAGCUGCAUGUGCGCCUCGAUUUGCUACCACCCGCCGCCGUACAUCAAAACCAACCUCGUCACCGGUCGCUUGUACCCGAUCUACAAAGAGAAUGUGCCGCAGCUCUCGCGCCUCGAAGACGCGACCGCGCCACGCCUCGCCCACCCUGCGUGCACGCGCAAGCCGGCGCUCUUCUCGGGCGACGCCAUUCGCGCCGUCACGCGCGACAAGCUCAUCCAGUAUUUCCCAUUCGACUUCAACAAGGACCCGGCCAACAUGUGGAACCCGGACGCGCCCGCGCCGAUCAACGUGAUUCCCAUGUACGACUUCCCGUGCAGCGGCAUGCUCGAGACAAACUACUUGCGCACGGCUGUCCAGAUGGCACAGUACAUUGGCACACCAAAACUCAUCACCGACAACAUCAACGGCACCGUGACCAAGCCGGCGCUCGUCGCUGCGUUCAAGAAGAAGGGACUCGACGUUGUCUUGCGCUGCCGGGACAAUGCGCUCUACGAAGUGUUUAGCUGCUGGACCAAGAACGUACCGUAUCCAUAUCAAGUCGACGAGAACGACCAGUCGUUUGCACCUGCGCAGCCCAUGCAGUGCCCGCCCGCCGUCGUCGCGCAAGAAGGCAGCUGCGGAAACACGAUCCGCAUCACCAAGUUUGUCGACCGCGGCUAGUCCUACCGCGACGACGAAGGACACUAUUGUCAUCUGCGUCAUCGACACUUGGACACUUGGCGGCUUGCAUGCUUCAUGCUACAUGUAAGAACCCUAAAUGGAGUCCGCGUGCGUGCUUUUUUGCAUGUCGCCUCGUCGCAUGAGUCUGGC